UGCACAUUUACCUCCCCGUGCUAUAUAUUUUUUUAUUCACGGAACAGUAUUCAAUUGGCAAAAGUGAGAUCCACAGUGUCUCUGUCCUUAGUAUAAAUAAGAGGUAGUCCCUCAUUUAGGAGGUAGUGCGUAUCGGUUGUGGAGUCAGUUGAGAAUGGUGACUCGGAUUAAGCUUACGGGUGGGGUACCCAUAACUCUGGAACAGGCAAUUGAUUUGCGGCAGACUGUAUUCGGUUCAGCAGCUGCUCCACCGCGUGGCGAAUGGACAAGAACGGGACUCAUAUUCGGUCAGCCAAAUCAGGAAUUGCCGUACGGCUUACGAUGCCCAAGGAAUGCCACUCGAGGACUUCAAUCAGUUUUGCAAGCAUUCAUCAUAAAAUAUUUUCUCUUUGAUAGCAGAGUCAUGGAGAAAUCCCUUCCUUUGGAUGUCCUUUUGAAACCGACCGAAGCACAGCAGCACGAAGCUCUCUGGCAAUCCAUUUCAACGAUUUUGUGGACGAUUGGUGAGAAAAUUAAAGUGGUGGUAGUUUUACCCGGUGAAAUCCCACACAUCCCCCACAGCCAUACAUACUUUCAGGACUCAGUCACUGAAAAAUUGUACAUCUUUGAGUUUACCAAUUUGGAAGAUUUGCAAAUAUUCAUCAAGAGAUAUUUAUUCUUCUUCCUUGAGGAUCCGGGACCAGGCGCUCUUCUCUUUCUAUACAGUGCUGUGCUCACUCGACAAACAGCCAAAAUCAAGACGGAUUUGGAUGCUCCAAAAGGAGCACAUUUAAUGGGACCCUUUGAGGAAGGCUCACUGAAUGUUGUGACGCUCCUUUUGGCUGGAAGAGCCACACCAUACUUACACAAUGGUGUAGUUUAUGUUGGUGAUGAGGACCAUUAUGCUCUUCCACAAUUUGGAAUUCUGCAGAGAUCUAGCAUUGGGUUGAUUGUUUGGGAGGGUGAUAAUGAAGCUGUCCAGGCAUCAUCUCGUCAACCGGGGUCUCGACUGAAGACACCAGCCAUCCCAAUUUGGGUCACUAGCUGCUGUGGCCACUACGGCGUCGUUUUCAAUUCCAACAGAGAACUUUUGAGAAAUUAUCAUGCUGAGAAACGGUUCGAAUUGCAUUACUACACCUGUGCUGGAUGCCACCUUUCCAUGACAGUGGAUACCAGGUCCCAUGAGGACCCUGAAGCAAUGCUCCAGAGGCAAAAUAGUACGGCUGCAAGUAGUAAAGAGGGUAGCAACAGCACACCCAACACACAGGACAUUGUAGCAACACCGCUUGAGCGUUUAAUCCACACUAAAUGGAUGGACGCCAAAAUCACUUUCCAUGGUCCAGCUCCACCGUCACUGAAUUACUAGCACCGAGCAUAAAAAACAUCAACAAAGAUUAUUCUGUUGUGUAAUAUUUUAUGAUUAAUAAAAAAAAUGCAAUGUGUUAGUUCCACGACUUCUAA